AUGAGGGACCAGAAAAACACUGACUUACAGGUCGCUGUUGGGGUUAGACACCUCCGGAAAAGCAGUCCCGCUGAGCCCCGUUGUUCUUUCCCCACCUCUUCCGAGCCCGCAUCCUCUUCCUCGGCUUGCCGCAUCCCCGGCGCGCACCGAGGCCGGCGGGAUGAAGGGCACGGCCCCUCGGGACUCACCCCGGCCCCUGGGCAGCGCAAUAGGGAGAGCAGACAUGGCAUCCCUCAACUGGAUAUAUUUAGAGAUGUUUUCUUUCAUAAGGACAUACUGGAAUGUGUCACAGUGGAUCAUUCAUGGCACUCUAUUAUAAAAGUCUGGCAAGGUGAGGACCAGUGGGAGAGAGAUCAGAAAAACCAAGACAAAUUUGUCAGGCAAGUCACCGUCAUCAACAACAAAACAAUUACUGAAGAUUCAAGCCACCCAUAUAAUACAUUUGGAAAAAUGCUUCAUGACUCCAGAGAGCUAAAUACCUCAAAACAAAGACUGGAUAAGUGUGAUUCUUUUGAAAAGAGGUUGAAACCUAAUAUGAACCUACUCACUUGGCACAGGAGUUAUGUAAGAAAAAACAUUGAUGAGAAUUUUGGGUGUGGGAGAACAGUUAACUACAGUUAUUCCCACUCUAAGCAUGAGAAAAUUCAUAAUGGAGUGAAACACUGUGGAGGUACUCAGUGUGGAAAGAUUCUCAGCAAUAAGCAAUCUCUUGCUCAAUAUGAAAAUGUUGAAACUGGGGAGAAAACCUGUUUAUAUAUUGAAUGUGGAAACUCCUUUCUCAAGAAGUCACAGUUUUUUAUACAUCAAAGAAUUCAUACUGGAGAGAAACCUUAUGAUUGCGGUACAUGUGGGAAAGCCUUCAUCGAGAAGUCACACCUCAUUGUACACCAGAGAACUCAUACAGGGGAGAAACCUUAUGAUUGUUCUGAAUGUGGAAAAGCCUUCUCUCAGAAAUCAUCCCUCAUUAUACAUCAGAGAGUUCACACUGGUGAAAGACCAUAUGAAUGUAGUGAAUGUGGGAAAGCCUUCUCCCAGAAAUCACCCCUCAUUAUACAUCAGAGAAUACAUACUGGGGAAAAACCCUAUGAAUGUGAUCAAUGUGCGAAGGCCUUUUCCCAGAAAUCACAGCUUACUGUACAUCAUAGAGCUCAUACUGGAGAGAAGCCAUAUGAAUGUACUGAAUGUGGGAAAGCAUUCUGUGAGAAGUCCCACCUCAUCAUACAUAAAAGAAUUCACACUGGUGAGAAACCCUACAAAUGUGCUCAGUGUGAGGAAGCCUUCAGCAGGAAGUCAGAACUCAUUAUAAAUCAGAUAAUUCAUACUGGGGAGAAGCCCUGUGAAUGUACUGAAUGUGGGAAGACAUUUUCCCGGAAGUCACAGCUCAUCAUACAUCAGAGAACACACACUGGAGAGAAACCCUAUAAAUGCAUUGAAUGUGGAAAAGCCUUCUGUCAGCAGUUACAUCUCAUUGGACAUCAGAGAAUUCACACAGGAGAAAAACCUUAUGUAUGUUCUGAAUGUGUGAAAGUCUUCUCUCAGAAGUCCCACCUCCCAGGACAUCAGCGAAUUCAUACAGGAGAGAAACCUUACAUAUGUGCUAAAUGUGGAAAGGCCUUUUCCCAGAAGUCAGACCUUGUGGUACAUCAGAGAAUUCACACUGGGGAGAAACCCUAUCAAUGUGCUGUAUGUGGGAAAGCCUUCAUCCAGAAGUCACAACUCACUGUACACCAGAGAAUUCAUACUGUAGUGAAAUCCUAAGAAUGGUCCAAUAUCAGUUCAAGCCUUAAUAGAUACUGCACAAAUCAUAGAUUUGAUGAGUUUGGGGGCUACAUCUCUGUGAUAAAAUUUUACAGGUAAAAUCAUGUUUCUAAUGUAGUAUUUAAUUUUUUAUUAAAGAUAAUAGGAAAGUCUUAAUAUAUAAAUGGUGGGCAUUUUCACUAUGGCAUGUAAAUCUUAAAAUU